GUUAGAUCUUGUCUCUUCCUUCCUUAUCUUAGGAUUUGCUUUGUCCUCUCUUUCCCUUUCAUUCCACAUAUAAAUACAUAUAUAUUAACCUUAUAAAUUAUUGUAACCUAUAGUUUUCUAAAGUAGAAUUGAAAUUGAAAUUGGUAGCUACUAAACAUAUAUGAUGGAGAAGGAAGUCAUGGUGGCACUACCUUCCAUAGAUUUCAAUUUCAAUUUCAAUACUAACUUCUCUUCAACCCCUUACAUCAAAGAUAUUGAUGAACAUGAACCCAUCAACAACAAUGAUGAAAAUGAUUUUGAAUUCAACUUCAAUACUCAUCUCCCAAGAUCUUCUCUUUCUGCUGAUGAACUUUUCCAUGCUGGAAAAAUUCUCCCUCUCAACCUCAUUGAUUCUGAUAUUCAUCAUCAUCAACAAGAAACAAAGAAAAAGUUAGUAGAAGAUUUAGCACAACAAGAAAAGAAGCUUGCAUGUAAAGAAAGAUCUUCAUCAUUUUCAAUUCUAUCUUGUCGUAGUAAUAAUACAAAAUAUUCCAAACUAUCCCAUGAUGUUUUUUCACAUGAAAAAGUCAAAGGUAGUUCCAACAACAUUAAACAAUCCGAAACUUCAACUUUUUCAUCCUUUUUGUCAACAAUUUCAUUCACAAAAGGGUAUAGAAAAUGGAGAUUCAAAGAUUUUCUACUAUUUCGAAGUGCUUCAGAAGGAAGAGGUUCAGACAAAGAUCCUCUGAGGAAAUAUAGAGUGUUGUCUAAAACAACAGUGUACGAGGAUGUCGGUAACUCUAGCUUCCGGUCUGUUGAGAAUUCCGGUUCGGUUUCUAAACGGAGAAAACCGGUUUCGGCUCAUGAGUUGCAUUAUACAUUGAACCGGGCUGCUUCUGAGGAAUUGAAGAGGAAAACUAUGUUGCCUUAUAAACAAGAAAACUCGUCAUUACGUUUCUCUUAAGUGUGUAUCGAGAAGCUUUUCUUAUCCUUUCGGAAAACUCAUCAGGUUAUGAGAUUGGAAUUCCUAUAGUGAACAUAUUCUAAUGCCUACAAAAUCAACACUUUAUUAAAAACAAAAUCGGUGAUGAAA